ACGGCAGCUCUUUGUUUUGCAAACUAUUCGCAAGCAGUUAAUUAAAUUAGAAUAGUAUAUUGUACGAGUACAUUGUUAAUUACACAUAUUGGCAUACCAAAUUGUUUACCUACGUUAGCGGCGUUUGGGUGGCGAUUGUGAGUGGAAUUUAAUGACGUUUGACGCAACUAAUUUUUUACAUUGUUGGCAAUAACAAAAGCCAGCGCACUUGCAUCUGCCAAAACGGUCUGAGAAUAACAGGCGUGGACUGCAGCGACCCGCCAAAUGGGCGACCAGCCAAAUUAUUGGGGAAAACAGAAUAGUUGGGCAAAGAAAUGCAGUGAAACUUGAGCAAAUCAGCAUAAACCGCUAGCGUGCUCUAAUUGACGCGAAAUGGCAAGGCAUGCACUGAAAUGUGUAUGUAGAUAUGUGAAUUUAGUGGCAUGCAACGCUUAGCUGCACGACAAAUAAAACUCGUCAAUGACUAGUAUUUAAUGACUGAAUAGAAAGACAGCGCUGCAUUGUUUAAUAGUUACACAUAACUGCCAAAAAUAAAAGCGAAUCAAAAGAGUACAAGUGCUGCAGAGGAAGAAGUCACUCGUUUGCCGAAUUUAAAAAGAAAGGCGGCGAGCUAGGUUUGCACACAACAGUGUCAUAUCUAUUAAUGUAUGAUUAGUGUAUAUUUUAAUAUAAUAAUGAAACUAUUUUAUAAAUAGUUUGCGUCGACACGUAAAGCAUAUGCCGCAGCUUGCAUCCUGAAACGCCGAAUUCGUGUGCAUUGCCGCAGAAAAAGCGAAAUGUCCAACAGUGCAACAAGCGACAUGACCUACACUCAAUGCGGUCGAUAAUCGCGAACGCCGAAAAAAAGGCAAGUGCGCACAGCUACGAAAGAGGGGGAGAGGGGGCUAUGAAAGCGCAUAGACGAAAACGCACGACAAAAAGUAGCGAAAAUGCGCGAAUUAGGAAACUGUUACACUCCGCUUUGCAACAGAUUUGCUCCACUUGCCACGUCACUGGGGUGGGUGUACGUGCAAAGCAGCACAUCAACGUCAGUGAGGUCGCCGCCCUCGUCACGGCACAAAAACUUGGACGAAGCAGUGGCCCCAAAUGUAUUCCACUGGAAAUGGGACUUGUUUUUCAAUGUACGACUGUUCCAACAGCGUAGUUGGAAGUAAGAUGGCAUGCGCGUAUUCGUGGAAGGCACAACGCAGUGCGUAACCGUUACAGUGGCAAGAGAGACGGCGCACGCUUUCCAGUAUAUGACGAAAUUUUCGUUAUACACAUACAUACAUAUGUAUGUUUCAAGGACAUUACAGCAUAAUACUUCUCAUGGUCAGCUGAUAGCUUAGGAAGCGAAAGAGGUCCUUCGGCAGAAAUUGUUUUGGCAAAACCAUCGCAGCCAAAUUAUAUAUAAUAUGUAGAGCUCUCAGCUGCUUGCCUUUCGAACAGCGUUUACGCGUGGUUGUGAGUAUGCUUAUAUAUCUACAAAAUGUUUAAACUUCAAAAGAGCACAAGAAAAGAGUGCAUGAGAGAAAGAAAGCUGAAGACAUUAACAAUGGUGUGGCGCUGUAGUUGGGAGCGGCGACGUCGUAUGGAAACGCGGCUAAUAAAAAAACAACUUUCACUUCAAAUAUAGAAUCAAAACAGAAACCCAUAAAUGUUAUUCACCUCGACCAGCCACGAAAUAAAACGAAUAAUAUAUUUUACUUUUUUUAUAACUUUUUUUCGAGGCGCUGUAAGUAAGCGCCGCUAGGUGCAGCGACUGCAGGGUUUUUAAAUUGGCUUGAUUAUUUUUAAUUAUGAAAAAUUAUGGUGUUUACAACUACACCCAAUGCUUCCCCACAUCGCUGCACGAGCGCAAUACAGGUCCAAUUUUCUUUUGGUAACAAUUUUAAGGGCCGAAAAUGCCUGAAGCCACAGACACGCAAUGUUUAAUAAUAUAUUAGACAAGGGCCAAUAAUUUGAUGCAAUGGUUAAAGUACUCGGACAAAAAGUGCCACGUAGUCGGUCAAGGUAGCCGCCUCCUUGAGUACCUGCAAAUAGCAGUUGUGUUGGUUAGCUCGUGUACCGAAACGCUAAAACAAGAUUAUUACCAAAAAAAUCAGUAAACUCAAAACGACACUGAUUUUAAAAUUUAGUUCAACUUUUUCCUGCAGAAAGUGCAGUCCUUGGUAAAGCCAUUUAAGCUAAACACUGUGAUAGCUGUGCUUAGUUAUCGCCAUCAUGACCGAGGAGCUUGUGUUGAAAACACCUUCGAGGCAUUCACCAAAAACGUUAUGUUUCCACGGUGCUUGGGCUUGGAUCAUACAAAUAUUCCUUAUCGCAUUCCUCAUUGUUGCCAUAUUGUAUAUUUUGCGCAAAAUCAAACAAGGUCCAUACUACCGCAAGCGCAAUCGCAUCGACGACAAGGUCGUCAUUAUCACUGGCUGCAAUGGUGGUAUUGGCAAAGAGAUCGCGCUGGAGCUUGCGCGGCGUGGCGCCCGCAUUUAUAUGGCCUGCCCCGAUGCUGCGAGUUGCGAGGUCACCCGACUGGAUAUUAUUGACCGCACUGGCAAUCAGCAAAUCUACAACCGCACCCUGGAUCUGGCUUCUUUGGAGUCGGUGCGUCAAUUUGCAGCGCGUUUCAACGCGGAAGAACAACGACUGGACAUUUUAGUAAACAACGCAGGUGUUAUGACUAUACGACGCGCACUCACCGCCGACGGUUUUGAGUGCCACUUUGGGGUCAACCAUUUAGGACAUUUCUUACUCACUAAUCUACUGCUUGAACGUCUGAAGGCAGCCGCGCCGAGUCGUGUGGUCGUAAUGAGCUCCUUCAUGCAUCUCUUCGGACGUAUUAACAAAGACGACUUGAACAGUGAGCUGCGUUAUGCGAAGAUCUUCGGCUCUUAUAGUAACAGUAAGUUAGCAAACAUACUCUUCUCGCGAAAGUUGGCGAAAAUAUUGGACGGUACUAGCGUAACAGUGAAUUCUUGCAACCCCGGAAUGGUGUAUAGCAAAUUAAUGUUGAACGACCAAAAACCAGCUUGGAUGUGGUAUAUGAUCUACAAGCUUUACGGACUAGUCGCUCGCCCACCCCGAGCAGGUGCACAAACCGCGCUACGUCUAGCGCUUGAUCCGAGCUUGGAACGUUCGACAGGCGGCUACUACUCUUACUACAUACGAUGGCCGCUACCACCGUGGGCCACCGACAAAAAGAUGGCUGACUGGUUGUGGCGUGAGAGCGAACGGUUGGUUGGGUUAAGCAGAACCGAACGCAUCGAGACAAUCGCAGUAUGAGACCAGGUUAAGGCAGAUGUAUGUAGUUUGGAUUUGUGUCUAACUGCCCACGACUUUGUUCAUUUAAUGGUGUAUUGAGUUGAAAGUAAAUUAUGGUAAUACAGGUAUUGAAAAAUUAAAAAAUUCCAUUUAUAAUCAGCAGAUCCAAAAAUAUAUAUGAACGAUAAAAAAAUAAUAUCCUACCCAUAUUUCGAAUUUAUAAU